ACUAGAAGAACUUUUCCUGUGUAUAUCCUCGUUUAACUACUAAAAAUGCUUGCCAACUGGAAGAAAGUUGGUUACGCUACGACUCCGACGUAUUAUAGAAAUACUCCAGCAGCGCAAUCCAUAAUCAUGCAAAUCGAUCUAGGAAUCUAGUUGCCAAUUCGAAUUUGAGCAACGAUUUGUUGCGAUGUCCCAUUCAGAUCAUGACGGCCCUUUGGCUAAGCGUCAGAAGCUCAGCUCCGUCACGAAACCCAAAUCUUCCGCAUCGCAGUCCAGGGUCUUUGCUCCCUAUCGGACUAUUGGCCUCGUCUCUCCCACUAACGUGCCCUUCGCGUCGGUUCCCGUGGGAAAUGUCUCCUUCCAAAUCACCACGUCCACCGGCCGAUCGCUUCAGACUUACGAUCUCAAACGCGGUCUCAACCUCAUCUUCGUGACCCAACCGCAGACGCCAUGUGCCAUCACCGCAACAUGUGCCUCGAAACAAAAGACCUUUGCGGCCUGGGGCGACCCACGCGAGGGGAAUGCCCAGGGCGUCUGGGUCUUUCGCGGGGCUAGGAAGUUCGCCGAGUUAGAACUGCCACCCGAUCUCCAAGAGCCCAUAAAGCAAAUCCUCGUUUUCGGUUCCUGGAUUGUUGCGUGCUGCCUGACGAGGAUAGAUGUGUGGAAAACGGCGACGCUAGAGCAUUACACGACGAUCACUACCAUGACUUCCAAUAAGGAUGGCAACGAACUAACUGGUGGUAUAUGUACCAUGCCGACGUACUUGAACAAAAUAUUCGCUGGCCGCCGAGAUGGAUGGGUUGAGAUCCGGAACAUCUCCACGGGCAAGCUGAUUUACACGAUUUUACCGCCGUCUACUAAGUCUGGUGCUGUCACUUGCAUGCAGCCAACCCCGGCACUCUCGUUAAUGGCAAUCUCGUAUGCGAACGGCUCACUGGUCAUCCACAAUGUACUCACGGACAAGAGGGCGCUUCAGGUGAAGGCGGGCGCCGAGGACGCGCCUGUGACGAGCAUAACAUUUCGGACCGACGGUUUUGGAGCCGGCCAGGAUGGGCGUAGAGAUGGGGUCAUGGCCACCGCGACGCAGUCGAGUGGCGAUGUCACAUUCUGGGACCUCAAUAGAGGCAGCAGGAUUACGAGUGUCCUUCGAAGUGCCCAUUACCCUCCAACACAAGAGGGAGCCUCAGUUCGGGGAGGAGUGAGCAAGAUCGAAUUCCUUAUCGGCCAGCCAGUCAUUAUAACCAGCGGUAGGGAUAACUCCUUGAAGACGUGGAUAUUUGAUGAGACGCCCUUUUCGCCAAUCCCACGAAUUCUACACAGCAGAAGUGGUCAUGCGGCACCGGUCACAUGCUUGCACUUUUUGCCUUCCAACUUCGGGGGCGCUGAAGCAGGCAAUAAAUGGCUUCUUAGUGGCGGCAGAGAUCGAAGUCUCUGGGGUUGGAGUCUUCGCCGGGAUGGCCAGAGCACAGAGUUAAGUCAAGGUAAUAUUCGCAAAAAGGCCAAGAAGUACGGCAUUCUUGCGAAUAACGCCCCGGGUCGCGGUCCGACAACCACCCUCGAUGACUUAAAGGCACCAGAAAUUACCUGUAUAGCGUGCUCGUUGAAUCGCGAUGGUGGGAUCGGUGCUUUGCCUGGCAAGCAGAUGUUGUGGCAAAAAUCUCAAAAUCAGAGGCAACCCGUGGAUGCUGAAAUCAGCGGCAGGACCGGUUGGGAGAGCGUGGUGACAGCACAUAAGGACGAUCCAUUCGUUCGCACUUGGUUUUGGGGCCGGAAGAGAGCUGGAAGGUGGGCGUUCCAAACCGGCGACAGUGCGAACGUGUCCGCCGUUGCCAUGAGCAUGUGCGGAACCUUCGCGGUCGUAGGAUCGGUUGGAGGAUCCAUCGACAUGUUCAACCUACAGUCGGGGCUACACCGCCAACGAUUUCCGUCAAAACUCACGCCAGCGCAGGCCAGGAGGGUCAAGAUGCAACAAUUAAGACAGGCAGACACGGUGGCGCAGCUUCACGCCCGUUCUACUACCGGGUUCGCGCCUGGCACCGGAAAGCAUACACAGGCCGUGACCGGCAUUGUUGUCGACUCCAUGAAUAGUAACGUGAUCAGCUGCUCGCUAGAUGGCAAGGUGAAAUUCUGGGAGUUUCUAACGGGAAAUCUGCUUGAGGAAAUCAGCUGGGUUCCGACGACAGGGGUCACAGGCUCUCGUUAUCAUGCCGCAAACGACCUGAUGGCUUUCUCGUGUGAUGACAACUCUAUCCGGGUUGUUGACAUCGAAACGAAACAGACGAUACGAGAAUUUUGGGGAUGCCGGGACAAGAUCAAUGAUUUCGCGUUCUCGAGUGAUGGUCGCUGGAUAAUAGCAGCUUCUCGAGAUACUAUGAUACGCGUUUGGGAUCUCCCGACGGGCCACCUUAUCGAUGUCAUCCGCCUAGAGAAGCCUUGCACUGCGUUGGCCAUCUCGGCAACAGGUGAGUAUCUCGCUACGGCUUCUGAGGGAAAGUUCGGCGUCGACAUUUGGACCAACAAAGCGCUGUUCGCUCAUGUGUCAACCCGGCAAAUAUCCGAAGAUGCAGUCCAGCAGGUAUCGGGACCGACAGCAUCAGGAGAGGGGGGUCGAGGGCUCAUAGAGGUGGCCUUCGAGGAUAUGGGGUCAGAGAGAAACGAAGACGACGUUGCGCCGCCCGACGUAGACCAGCUCAGCAGCGACAUGAUGACUCUGAGUUUGGUUCCACGAAGCAGAUGGCAGACACUUCUGCACCUCGAUCUAAUCAAGACGAGGAAUAAACCGAUGGAGCCACCCAAAGCCCCAGAAAAGGCCCCCUUUUUUUUGCCGUCGACGGUCAGCGCCGGAGCGCCAAACCAGGAAUUGGUCCAGAGAAAAAGUGAUGAGGAUCAGGGUCAAUCGAGGAUCGUCCGCUUCGACCGCAACAGAGUGGAGCAAGCAUUCACACGCAAACUACAAGCAGGGGCCGUUGGUGGUAAUUUUGACGAAUUCAUCGAAUAUCUGAAAUCUCUUGCCCCGGCUACGGCUGAUCUCGAGUUGCGGUCCCUUACGCCCGGGGAUAGCGACGACUCGAAUGAGCUUCUCCACUUCAUCCGCGCACUUACCAGCCGCCUCAUGACACGCCGCGACUACGAGCUGACACAGGCGUGGAUGACCGUCUUCCUACGGCUGCACUUCGAUCUAAUCCUACAAAGCGACGCCCUCAAGCACGCGCUUGGGGAGUGGAAGAGGUGCCAGGCGGAUGAGUGCGGAAGGUUGGACAGUCUAGUGAGCUACUGUGGCGGCGUAGUCGGUUUCCUCAGGAGCCCUCGGACAUAAGGGAAGGUCGAGAAAAGAGAGCGGUCGAAACUACGACAGUGAAAUGCCGACAUACGGCCCAUGCGAAUCGAGGAGGCUCAUUGAAGCUUCGCGUGGCGUCCCGAGACGGAGAUGGAUGGAAUUAUCUCCAUCCAGAAGUCGGGCACCCCGAUUUAGCGAUCUACCGAACAAACAACGGUAGCAACAAGAUGUAACUUGAUAUAUCUCUUUGGCUAGCAUUGUGAGGUGUGUGGUAGUGCUCGGACGAGCUGAGCAUACUGUGUGCGAACAAAUAGUUGGCACUAGCUGAACAUUUCAAUGAUGUAUUCGACGUUUACCAAUGUUUGCUGGAAUUUCUCCAGAAUUGCUGCUCGUCCCCAGCCCGAUAACGGAACACCUCGCUAACAUGUUGUGCGGCGUCAACGAUUGUGUCUAUGUACCUAUGUAGUACAUGAUAUGUACGUAUCCGAUAAAGAUUGAAAUAUCGGAUGGCUCACCAUUACCGGGGUCCAAUCACACCAUAUAUUAUUAUUACCUAGUGG